CGAAAUCGAAAACCCCAACCCAAAUCAAUCGCUUCCGUUACGAAAUUCCCCCAAAUCCAUCCCCAACCCGGUCCCGUCGGAUCGAUCGCCGCCGCCAUGUCGUCGUCGCAGCCGCAGCAGCGCUACUACUGCCACCAGUGCGACCGCGCCGUCGCCAUCGCCGCGCCGGCCUCCCGCGACGACGAGGUCUUCUGCCCGCUCUGCGCCGGGGGGUUCGUCGAGGAGCUCCUCGACGACGAGGACCCCCCAAACCCUAGCCCCCAAAUCCACCCGCCGCAGUCCCCCUUCUUCCCCCUCGCCAGCUUCCUCGACCUCCGCAACCCCAGCGACCUCGCCGGGGUCCUCGGCCCGCCCUCCCCCUCCGCGCCCCGCGCCGCCUCCUCCGCCGCCAACCCAAACAACCAGUUCGACGUCACCGACUUCCUCCACGGCCACCUCGGCGGCCUCCUCUCCGGCGGCGCCACUAUCCAGAUCGUCCUCGAGGGCUCCUCCUUCCCCGCCGGCUUCGCCUCCUUCCAAGGGGGCCCCGUCCCCGGCGGGGUCAGCCUCGGCGACUACUUCAUGGGAUCCGGCCUCGAGCAGCUCAUCCAGCAGCUCGCCGAGAACGACCCCAGCCGCUACGGCACCCCGCCCGCCGCCAAGGCCGCCGUCGCCGCCCUGCCCGACGUCGCCGUCUCUGCCGACAUGAUGGCCGCCGACGGGGGCGCCCAGUGCGCCGUCUGUAUGGACGACUUCCUGCUCGGCGCCGCCGCCAAGCAGCUCCCCUGCAACCACGUCUUCCACAAGGACUGCAUCCUGCCCUGGCUCGACCUCCACAGCUCCUGCCCUGUCUGCCGCCACGAGCUGCCCACCGAUGACCCUGACUAUGAGAACCACCAGCGCCAGGCCGCUGCCCCUGCUGCUGCUGCUGCUGCUGCUGCGGCGCCGCCUGCGUCCCCUGGCGGUGGCCCUUCGCCUAGGGUCAUGGAGAGGAGGUUCAGGAUCUCCCUGCCGUGGCCUCUCAGGGCUGCUUUUGGCGCGCAGCAGGCAGAGAGCAGUGACCAGGACGCUGCUGGCUCUGGUGACUACAACAACGAUCCGAAUGCGAGCGGUCGCUCGUAUGAUGAUCUCGACUGAAGCGCCUGCAAGGAAGAGGGGAACAGGGGGAUAAGGAGGGGCAACGGACUGGCGGGAAGAAGGGAAGAGAAUCUGAAUGCAAGGAAGAGAAGACAAGAAGAAGAAGGAAGACUUAUGUUGUUGUUGUUGAUCUGAAUUGAAUUGGAGGCUUUUUUGGUGAUGAAGAGUGGCGCCGUCCGUCUAUUGAUCUCUCGUCUCCCCUCCCCUCCCCUCCCCUCUUUGCCUGUCAUGGUUGUAGAAAGAGAAGAGAGAAAAAGAAAGUAGAGAUGAUAUUCUUUGGUUGCCUGGUCUGGUCUGGUCUGGUUGGUGGGUUGACUUGACUGAAUAUACCUUCUUGUCUGUGUUAUUAGUAGAAUUGUGUGUCUGUGUCGUCGAUCGAUCUUCCUUUCUCUCUUGGGGGAUGGGAAGAAAGAAAGAAAGAAGAAAGGGAACCCUAGCGAUCCUCCUAUAUAGACAUACAUAAUGUGUUAUAGUAUGUUUAAAUGGAUGGAUGGUGUCUGGAAA